AACCUGCUUCGCGGACGCGAUGAAGAGCAUAAAAUUUUUUGUACAAAAUUUAACUAAAAAUAAUAUCUAUUAAUGGAAAUCGUAGCAGUAAAGUCGCGUACAACGCUGCUGACCGUUGGCGCACUUUUAGCUAGCGCAUGUCGAGCUCGCGCAGUUUACGCGGGUGCCUGGACCCAUAGCGUUUGCGACGGUCGUUGCGCGCUGAACGACGUCUCGUGGCUUCUCGGAUGGAUUACUUAUGUGAGGAGGGCAUCGCUCGUCUUCAUAGUACUGUCUGGUAUCGUUCUCUACUACGUUCCCGAAACUCGAGCACCUGCUAGAAAAGGAUGUCAUUUCGUAAUUGAUCUAAUUGCAAGUGGUUUGAAGGCUAUUGUUGGGGGAGUCGAUGAUAGCGAAGAAAUUAAGAAAACCAAAGGAGACGAUGACUCGGAAAUGUCGAAAUCAUUCAUGAUCGAAAAUGCGACCUUUCUACCGCUGAAUUUUGAAGAGGCGGAUAAAGAGUAUGACAAUUUAGAAAAAAACGUGCGGCCGAACUUUAGUUUCAGCAUUCCUGAAGCAGAAAUAUUGAGACAGGAAUGCAGGAAACAGCCACUUUUAGAGUGUCAAUACUUACACGAGAGUCGAAGAAAUAGGCAACCUUACUUAAAAAUACAUCAUCCGCGCACGAUGAAAUUUAAGGAGAAAUCAUCGGUUGAAAAAGUUUCCGUUUGUCCAAUGCCGCUGAUGCAAUUUGACACCUUCGAACGUCAGAAUUUUAAUACUUCAUUUCCGUUAUAUAAUGACAAUUGUAAUCGGCGCUUAGUAAGGCCCAGUAAAAAUGUAUUGAACAAAGGAUAUAAAAGGGAGAUCGAUUAUGUUGCCGAUUAUCCAUUUUUGGAAUAUUCAAAGAAUAAAAAGCAUGCGAAACCUGUGUUAGAUGCACACGAAAAUAUUUUAAACAAAGUAUGACACACCUCCUUCAAAUAUAUCUGAAAUCGAACUUUCAGAAUGGACUGAAAGUGACUUCGAUGAAAUAGUUAAAAGACCGCAAAAUGAUAACUAUGCUGAAAGUAUCAGUGGGUAUUCAAAAUGCAACGAUGGUCACGUCGAUCAUAUUAUCCAUGAACCUCAUACAGACCAUUCGAUUAGUCCUACAAGGAUGAAUACGAAUAAAUCAAUUCUCAAAACUGGCAGUUCAUGUCAUGAGACGGAAAAGUAUAAAAAAAUUGCAAAGAAUCCUUCUAAGGAACAGAGUGACCCAUCGUGCUACAAAGAAAAAACUUUUCAGACUGAUACAGAAUUAAAUCAGUCGUCUCUUUCUCGAGCAUUUCAAUGGAUCUUUGGUGGAUGUCCGAAUAAACGGAAAUCAAUCAGUUCUUACAACAAAUAAAUUGCAUCAAUAAUCCAGAAGUUAAGCAGGAAUCUGUAGUAACGACGAUACUACACAUAGUAGCUGCGGUACAGUGCUGACACUACGGAAUUUAUGCGUCAUUGUCUUGAAGCUCGUGCAAGAAUAGCUCGACUGCUAUGCCCCAACAUUUUACUUAAGGAGCUUUCAAUCAUCGCCACCGCAGCUGAAACUCAAUCAAAGCUCAUCCUCAUCUCGCAAGUGUCAGCACCUGGCAUCCCCCACCCAGAAAAACCACAACUUCCCCAAGUUCAUCGAAUCGUGUACGCAAAGUAGUCGCGUGUCUCUCGGAUUUUCCCAGCUGGCGUCUGCGGCGCUCGGCGAAAAAAGCUCUCAAAAAAAAAACGACGAAGAGGAACUAAAACAGAAAAGCGCGCGCCAGAGAUCGCCCGAAGAAGAAGAAGAAGAAGCGGAGGAAUGAAGAAGAGAGAAAGCGUCGUCGGAGAGCGCAGACAGUCGGGCUCGGGCCAAGAAACGCGGUGGACCAUGCGCCGUGAGGGCUCCAGUGCUACAGUUUCGGGACCACGUGAUAGUAGCUUAGCAGACGCGCUGUAUAGGUUCACCCUCGAUGUUUCGGCCGAUUUCUCAGGUUCGAUCUUGGAGAAAUCGUGAGAUUCUGUACGUUUGUGUGAGGAGUUCGACGGUGGCUUUGCUGAGGGAGAUUAUGCUGGAGCUUUCGCUGGAGAGGUAGCCGAGAUUCGUUCGAGAGACUCGAGAAAAAGAGACGACGACUGUGCGGAGGCAAGUUGGAGGAGGUUCGUCGAUGAGUACAGCUGUCGUGCCGACUGAUGGACUGAAGAUCCCGAUGUCCCGAGCGCCAUGACGUCCAAUGCAAUUAGAGGCAUACGCAGGAAGAAGAGCUCGCUCUGCGAGGUCAAAGUGGCUGUGAUCGGUGCGCCAGGAGUCGGAAAGAGUGCUCUGACUGUCCGGUUCUUAACGAGGCGUUACAUUGGCGAAUAUGACCAUCAAGCAGAAAACAAGUACAAACACGAAGUUCUGGUGGACGGAGAGCCGAUACUUUUCGAAAUCUUAGAUACAUGUCCUAAGAGUGAAGACGAGCUCCCAUCCAUAGAAACACUUCAAUGGGCUGACGGCUUACUUCUUGUCUAUUCCAUAACUGACAGGAGUUCCUUUAACUUCGUGCGGAAGGCAAAAGAAGCAUUAGCAGUCGCCGAUCCAGAAGCUGCUAUGCCACUCGCACUUGUUGGCAAUAAAGCAGAUAUGAUUCAUCUGAGGCAAGUCAGCACGGAGGAAGGUGAAAUUUUGGCCAAAGACUUCGAAUGCUGGUUCAGCGAAGUUACGGCCGCCGAACAGGUGGCUCAAGUAGCAGAAUCCUUUCAUGAGCUAUGUCGAGAAGUUCUUGCGGCAAGACGAAGGAAUAAGCAAUCUCUGCUCGACAGAAUGCUCGGUAGUAAAUCAACGAAAGUUUAUUCCAGAGGAAAAAGCGACUCGGCGUUGCCAAAAGAUUGACAAGAUGAUAUUUUUACAAUGAACGAAACUCAAGCUUUUUAAAUAUUUGCGGAACUAGAUGAAUGUUGAGCCUUGUCAUAUACAAUCUCUAUUUUUUGUAUUUACAACGAAGGAUUGAGCUAACGAAAGCCUUUUCCGUUUAUUAAAGUUUCUUAAAAAUAAA